CACCGCAACUUUCCCCAACUCCUCACGAAAGUUCCUCACCACUUCCUUCACGAGCCGGCCUCCCCGUCAGGACAACUCCGUCUCCUCCGGGGGACGUCCCCAGCCCCUCGCCUCUCUUUGGCCAGGAGCAGCCGUCUCCCGUGGCCAGAGAGACACCCUGAAGCCGCCACACCGCGGACCCGGGCGCUAUUCUCGCCACGAGCUCCGAGAUGGACGAGCAGGAGCUGCAGCUCAAGGUGAGGAGAGUGUCAGAGCGCUGGACGGACAGUAUGUGGGUGCUGGCCAACGAGCCCUCUGUGGGGCUGUUCCGCGUGCAGGAGCACAUCCUCCGCUCUCUGCCCGAACUGGCCGAGCACAAGACGAACUUCCUGAACGUGGAGGAGAGGAGCAACGGCAUCGUGUACGAUGUGGAGUACGCGUGUGGCGCCCUGUCCAGCAUCGCGAGUAGCAGCUUGUGUUUCUCCAGCGUGGAGGGCCUCCUCCAAAAGGCCAUCAACUUGAAGGAGCAGCUCAACUCUACGCUGUCGGCCAGCCCCCCGCAGCGCAGCUCCGUGCUGCAGCCGGCGUCCGUGAGCGUGAGCAACAGCCCCCCAGAUUUCCCCACUGCCCCCCAUGAACCGACGGACGCUGGCGGCGCCACGGCGCCGGUGGAGCCCUGCAGGGACGUGACGGGGGCCCCCUCGGCGUAGCUCGCGCCGGCACUCUGGCUCCGCGCUCCGCGUGGUGGCAAAGUCCCUACUUCAACAGGACUUCGAACGGGACUUGCGCAGGGCAGUGGAGCGUAAUGUGGGAGCGUAAUGCAGUACAGCGAUGGACUUCCCCGCGCCGUCCUCCACUGAACACGAUGCCAACGUGACGGCGGUCGUUGCUAUAAUUUCAGCGAUGCCGGUCCUGGCUCAACGAGUCCCAAUUCGGCGUAACUUUGUACCCGUGGCCACAGCAUGGGAAAGGGAGGAGUCAGGGAUGUGAACACAUGGAAAAGAGAAAGUAACGGGAGAGGGAAGAGGGAAAAGGAUUGCAAAGGAGCAGAGAAACGGGAGCAGAGAGGUCAUGAUAGGGAGAGGCUACAUAAGGGCCUCAACGCUGCUGCACAGGAACGGCGUCUGUUUUCACAGCGGGAAGGGAGUGGGGGAUGGCUACACAAGUCACGUAAUGUAUGGGAGGCUUAAGCUGAUUCCGAUAGAGAGAUGGGGAGAUAUAUAGAGGUGGAUAAGAGAAAUUAAGCACGUUGCAUGGAUUCCAUAGCACUUCCAAAUGCGCGCUCGUCCCCCGGAAGUCUUUUGAUUAGUGAUGCCGACGUUAAGUUUUUGAGCCACUCAACAAGAUGUCACGGGGAGGCGAGGAACGCACUGGGUGUGUAAUGUCAGUGCCUGGGUCAGUGAUGUUUUUUUUGUAUCGCGCUGGGCAUUGUCACCCUCAAGCUGUGAGCAACUGUUUGAUCAAUUUAGCCGGUUUUUUAUCGAGGGCAAGGCACAGAUAGCAAUACAACUAACAUGCAACAAGCAUCUCAGCCGCACGGAAACAGUGGGGCAUGUGCAUUUAUAGAGACCGUCAUAGAUCUCUCCCGAGUCUGUUGAUGGAGUUCCUUUGUUGAUAUAUAGUCUCUAUGCAAGUCCAUGGCUGUCAGUGAGCGGUGGUGCAGCAGUUAGCACACUGCGCUAUGAACCUGGUUACCCGAGUUCGAUUAUCGUUCACAGCCACAAACACCAGUGACGAAUAUCUGAACUGUUCCUGGGCCUCACCUAGGUCGACUCAGCCUCAAAAGAGUACCUGGUGCGAUGUUAUAAACAUUGGCACUGGGGAAACAAAGGCGGUCGGGCUUACAGGCCUUUAUGGGUGCUCGCUAACAGCACUUGCCCUAAUAGUUUAAGGCUAUACGGGGAUCUGUCUGUGGAUAUAGGUCUGUAUGUUACACUUUUUUCACACCAUGCAAAGCCAACCGUGAUAAUUGGAGGUGAGUCUAUGGUUCUCCGUGUGUGUAUGGGGUCCCUGUGAGGAUAUAUGGCCUCUAUGCAAGUCAAUGACUCAUCGUGAGAGUGUGGAUAUAUGGUCAGUCUAUGAAUCUCUGUGAGUCUAUGGUCUAUGUGGGUAUAUGGGGCUCUUGAGAGCCAGCCAUAGGCAGAGGAGAAGGAUAAGCCUGAACUUGAUUAGGGGCAAGGAGUCUACCGCAUGUAAGGAUGGAGGGUCAGAGGGGAAUGGAAUACCAGACGGCCGCAGGCAGUAGUGGAGAUAGGCAAGAUGUGCAUUGGGGAAUGAUCAUCAUUUUUGUUAAAUAAACGACUGAGUUCCGAUCGCAA